CCUUAACCUUUCAAGGGGCUAAUAACAUAAUUGUAUUCCUUUCAAAUGACCGACGAAUUGCCCUUUGACAAAAGUUAAAUCUUAACAGUGAACAGAACAGGAACACGCACUUAUCCACUGUGUGCACUGCCCUUGUACACACACACUCACACACACAAAUGGAGUAACGCCAUUCAAGCCUCAUCAACUACUAAUCUUUUAUCAAGACUAUAGCUCUUACCAUCAUCAACAACUUUCGACAUACUCUCGACUUUAUCGCUUCUUUAUUGAAAUGUCAUCUUCACGCUCUCCUUUGAGCUUCAAGUUGGUCCUUUUGGGAGAAUCUGCUGUGGGAAAGUCAAGUCUCGUCCUUCGAUUCGUCAAAGAUCAAUUCGAUGAUUACAGAGAGAGCACAAUCGGAGCCGCUUUCCUCACACAAACAGUCAGUCUUGAUGAACAAACAACUGUAAAAUUCGAGAUCUGGGACACUGCUGGACAAGAGAGAUAUAAAUCACUUGCUCCUAUGUACUACAGGAAUGCAAAUUGUGCUGUGGUAGUAUACGACAUCACUCAGCCUUCCUCAUUGGAGAAAGCCAAAUCAUGGAUUCGUGAAUUACAGAGACAGGCAGAUUCGAACAUAAUCAUCGCUUUGGCAGGCAACAAAACCGAUUUGGCAAGCAGAAGAGCAGUACAAACGGAAGAAGCGGAAAAGUAUGCUGCAGAGGAAAAUUUGUUGUUCUUAGAAACAUCUGCAAAGGAUUCAUACAACGUUUCAGAAUUGUUCACAAUGAUUGCCAGAAAAUUGCCUUUGGAACAAGCAGCAAAUGCGCAAAGAGGUGGCAGAGCAGGUGGUAGUAAUUUGAUGGGAGGCGGUGCUGGAUCGCAGUCAGGAAGGGCAGGCGUUGAUUUGCGCGGAGGUGGUCAAGGAUCAAAUGAUGCAUGCAACUGCUGAUCACGAGAGAAAAUGAUGGUUUUUUACGAAAUUGAAGUCAACAGUACUCUGGCUUUUAGAUCUUUUACAAUCUCUUUACCCUUUUCUUCUUUGUCCGACCUCUCCUCUUUGCUUCUUUAUCUAAUAUGUAUCUAUGUACUCUAGCUCGCCAGAUCCGCAACCCUAUACACACUCUCAUACUUGUUUGUUUUGAGAAUUGCUCUUUCUUUGUCAAAUCAACUAUCAUAAAGCUUGAGCCAAUAUCUACUAAAAGGAGAUUGAGUGGUAUUAUCAGAGAGAUGUGAAUACAAUUUGUACAAGAUUG